AAAUUAUUAUGGAAGCUGUAUUUCAUGAAAAGCAAGAAGGAUCCCUGUGUGCACAGCAUUGCUUGAAUUCUCUAUUGCAAGGUGCUUACUUUAACCCAGUUGAUUUAAGUAGUUUAGCAUUGAGUUUAGAUGAAGCUGAAAGGAUUCGGAUGGCUGAGUGUGGAGAAGAAAGUGAUGAAUAUCAAAGAUUCUUAAGACAGCCCUCUGGUAACAUGGAUGAUAGUGGAUUUUUCUCUGUGCAAGUCAUAAGCAGUGCUUUGGAAGUCUGGGGUUUGGAACUAGUUCCAUUCUCUAGUGCUGAUGAAAGAGUGACAUCCGUAUUUUCAAAUCCAUGUAAAAUGCAAGCUUUUAUAUGCAACUAUAAGGAACAUUGGUUCACUAUUAGAAAAUUAGGCAAUCAAUGGUUUAACUUAAAUUCAUUGUUGAAUAAGCCGCAAUUGAUAUCUGAUACUUACCUGGCUUUAUUUCUGGCACAAUUGAAAAAUGAUGGUUAUUCAAUUUUUGUUAUAUUUGGAGUACUGCCAGAUUGUGAUGCUGAUCAUUUAUUAAAAUUAAAACCUGCAAUUCAAAUAAAUUCAGAUAUACAAGAGCAAGAUGAUACCCAUUUACAAGAGGCUCUCCAGCAAAGUUUACAUGAGAGCAAAGAUUGUGAAGAACAUGAGCUAAUAAAAGCUAUACAAAUGAGCAUGCAAAGUAAUACUGAAGAAGAUGAUGAUGUGCUACUACGUAAAGCUAUCCAUAUGAGUUUAGAUUGUUAAUUGUAUUUUAUUUAUAUAAUAUUCUGUUA